AACACAACACACAAAUCUUCUUCUAUCAAUCACGUGCUCUCCACUCUUUUUCCUCUGCCUUCUGUGCUCUCUCCUUAAUUGUUAUCUCUUUAAUUUGUUGCCUUCUUACAUGCAAACCUUAUCCAAUCUUUGUUAGUUUUGUUCGUUAGCUUUUCUUUUUAUUUCUUUUAUAUAUAAACAGUUUUGUUCGUUGGUUGACAAAGUUAUUAUUAAAGCUAGCUCUCAAAAAAAAAAAGUUAUAAAGUUUAAUUGAAUCAUACACUUAGUUGCAAAAAGCAUGGAGAACAAGAACAACAAAAAGAAAGUUGGAGGAGCUGGUUCUUCCUCAUCAUCUACUACCAAUUUUGAUCAUCUUUUUGGUCCUAAGGAUCCUUCCAACAACAUCUUUAACUCCAUUUUUCCACCUCCAUCCACUGGUGGAAGGAGAGAUUCAACAAGGCACGACAUGGGAUCCAAUAAUACAUAUGGAGCACCAGGUAAGAAAGGUGAAAGCAGUACCGUUAGUGAUACCAAUUAUCAGAUUAAUGAGACAGUGGAGCCCAGUUAUUAUAGCUCUUCUAUCUACUAUGGUGGUCAAGAAAAUUAUACUAAUUCUCCAAGAACCUGCCGGACCACUCAACCUCCCCAUUUUAUCAAGAAAGAUAAGGAUGAUGAUGAUGAUGAUUCAAAUGGUAGCGAUACAGGCGGUGCUUCACGAGGGAACUGGUGGAAAGGUUCCCUUUAUUACUAACAUGAUCACUCUACCAUGCAUGUCAACUCAUCACCAUCAUUUAUACAAGGAUGAUGAUCAACCACAAACCAAUGUACUAUAUAUGAAUAUAUAUGCAGUAGUAGCAGUACUCCACAAGUUAUAACUAUAGUAGUAGUGUAUGGAAAUAAGACAUGGCAACUACCUCUAAUGUGUUGGGUCCUUUUUGUCACAUCUUGCACAUAUAAAAAAAGUUACAAUAUAUAUAGAACUAAAGACAACCAUCAGCAGUAUAGGAUAAAGCCACAAUUACUAGCUGCAGAGUGUGUUGUAUUUUAUACAUAAAUAAAUAAAUAAAGGUUUUAGGGACAGAUAUAUAAUUGUCCUUAAUUUAGACUGUAGUGUUGUUUUUCAAACUUGUGAACUUAUGUACUUUACUUUAUGCUUUCUGGUUCUAUAUAACACAAAUAGAGUAUAUGUAGAUGUUAAUUAUAUUUUGUUAAAGCUUUUAUUUAUUUUUACUAAAGCUUAUAUUUUGUUAUAAA